GCCUUUAACGUUCAUCUCAACACCGCAGCACGUGAACCUGCAUGCGGCAACCCAGCCUUUCGGCUCCAACGUCUUUUGCUUGUCCAAUCAGUCAGACGCAUGUGUUGAGCUUGACCGGUCUACAUUCAUAGUCAACAGCGUGCCCGCCUCUUUGGUGCAGCAUAUGCCAGUAUCCCCAAAGCUAUCUUCUCUUCGAAAAUUAACCCAACUCCGCGCGCAAUGUCAAACUCCUCAGUCGCUCUCCCGAGCGCAACACCAACCCAAGACGCCGCAUGGUCGUCCCUCGUGACCCGGAGCAUCGCCGCUUGGGACGACAUCACUUCCAAAUUCGACAGGCCGCCUGUCCCCGAGCUGCACAAGGGCCUGUUACGCCAAUACGAUUCCCUAGACGACUUCCUCGCCUCGAGUCCCGACCAUCUCACAUACUGGUUCUUCCAACGGCGCAGCGCCUUCCUGUCGCAAACCCGCUUCCGCAAAUGGUCCCGCGACGCUCUGGACGACUAUAUCCUCCUACCCGCCGCACCGGGCUACGUCUGGCGGGCCGACUGUUUCUUCGUGAGCCACUUCUGGCGCACGACGCAGGACCCGGAUCCAGACGGCGAGACGCUGCGCCUCCACCAAGCGGAACUUACGCCGCAGACGUGGUCGUAUAUCUGGGUAGACUGGACGUGCUUGCCUCAGCAUCCACGGUCGCCGCCGGAGAAGAAUUACUUCCAUCGCGGCUUGCGGACCAUGUCGGGCAUCAUCCGCAACACGGGGUUUAUAUAUUUUUACCCGCCGUUCACGCCGCGCCUGUGGAUCUUGUACGAGGUAGCGGAGUACGUGCUCACGUCUGUUGGGGGCCUCGCGGAGACGCACGACAUUGAGCCGUUUCUAAGCCAUGUCGACGAGAUGGUUGAGAAUGGGGUGCGGGCGACGUUGAUCAAGCAUGAUUAUCAUUGCCGUGAAGAGCGCGACAGGCGGUAUCUGACGUCGUGGCUUGAAUUGCUUGUUCUUCUCAGACGGCUGGAGAUUGAGGUUGACUUGGUUCGAAGGGUGAUGGAUCAUAUGACGUGGUUCAAUGUUUCGGGCUCCCAGGUUUAUCCGGGGAUGGAAGUGAAUAGAUAUGAGGGGAUUUUGGUGUAUCGCGGGGAUAGGCAUGGUUUUACGCCGUUUCCGAAAUGGGUUCGUUGCUUGUGAAGGAUUGGAUGCUGGAUGCUGGCUAACGGAUCGUACAGGACGAGGAAGCGGAGUUUUGAGGUCUUAUACCGCAGUGCACCGCAAGGUUUGAGAUAAUCUUUCGGUCGCACAGUAUUGCUAUCUAUUCCAAGUUUUUCUCGUUAUGAUCAUUUC